AUGGCAGAAGAGAAGGGGGGAAAACCAGAGCCCUGUAUAGACAAGGCUUGUUUUGAAAUUGAAACUUUUUAUUCGUGUUCCAAAGCUUGGAUUGAACGACUUCUCUUUGAUGAUUUUCAAGAAAGCCGUGCUGUGAAGUGGCAAAGGACUUGGCACACGGGCUGGGUUCUGUCCGAAAAGACAAGUGCUGAAUGCUUGCUCUGUGCUCAGCCGUCGCCCCCACGGCCUGGGUCCUGGAUGUGGGCCACCCUCGGGAGGGCACUUUUGCUUUGGCUCCAGAACCAGCCCUGGUUUUCUGAAAGGAAGCAAAUGGGGAAGUCUCCAGGAAGCAAGAUGCCAUUGCCUCUGGGGAAACUGGUCCUUCUUUCCAGUGUGGUGGCCAGUGGGAGCUGCACCCUUAUAUAUUACCUUAUACGAAAAGCUUUUUCCAGGGCUUCCUAUUACCAGCUAGCAUUGGAGCAGCUGCACAGCUACCCCGAGGCCCUGGCGGCUCUGGGCCCUCCGCUUUUGUCCAUUAGCUCCACCUCACCGACAAGUACAGCUUCGUGGACAUUGCCAAUGCCCAGGUGGCACCUUCAGAAGGUCUUAAAGCUCAAGGGUGGUCAGCAGAUUCCCGUGUUUAAGCUCAGCAGGGACACUGGUGAUGAAGGAGGACAGGUGAUCAGAACGACUCUGCUUUCUCCAAGAGUGGCCUCCCCUCCUCACCGGGUCCCUCCAGGGCCUUGAGCCGGGUGUCCAACACCAGGGGUGACUGUAUGUGCUGGCAUGUGGUAAUUUUGGUAUAAUGUUAAUUUGAACACGGUUAUUGCGGGUUUUUAAUUUAAUAAAAAAUGGACAUUUUACUAUAAGUUUAUAAGAAUUUAUCUGCAAAUUCACUAAAAGCAAAGCACAGAG